UCAAGGAGCUGAGCUCAUAAAAAGCAGGGAGGAGGAAGGAUGAAGCUAGUUUGAAGAGAACAGGAGCCUUAAAGAUGAAGUGGCUUGCAUUCACCUUAGCAUUUUGCCUCUUUGUGGUUGAUGUCUACUCGGACUCCGAUACGAUUGACUGGUGUUAUCAUGACACAAGUUGCGACGACAGAACAUGGCCGGUAAUUGCUGCAAAUUUUUGCAACCGCAGCAGACAGUCGCCCAUAAACAUCGCGACUGCUGAUGCCAUAGAAGAUGGAAACCUGAUCGGGUUUACUAUCACGAACUUCACCAGCACCUCCGCCCUGGUGGAUAUAACCAACACUGGCAAGACAGUCAAAGUGAACAUUAAAAAAGGGGUGCAGAUUUCAGGGGGGGGUCUCUCCGAGCCCUACGACAGCCUGCAGUUCCACUUGCACUGGGGCAACCGCUCAACUAAAGGUGGCUCUGAGCACACCGUCAAUGGGAAACGCUACCCAAUGGAGCUGCACCUCGUCAAUGUCAAGUCCCGUUAUAAUCUGAACACAAGUCUCGCCCUCGAAGACUCGACGGGCCUUGCUGCUCUUGGCUUUUUCAUUGAGGCAGAUAGUAGCAUUACUACUGGUGAAUUCUGGCGCAACCUCACCGCCUACCUGCGUCAAAUCCCACUUGCUGGUGACCAUGUCAACAUUACCCACGAUAUCCCACUGAUUGGCCUUCUGCAAGGCGUGGACUUGACAAGAUAUUAUCGUUACCUCGGCUCGCUGACCACGCCCACCUGCAACGAAGCCGUCGUCUGGACCGUCUUUAAGGAUCCCAUCAGAGUCAGCCCUGAGAUGAUUGACCUCUUUAGCACGGAGCUGCACAUCAACAAUACAAUUGAUUCGCCGCUCAUGGUAAACGUCUUCAGGAACGUCCAGCCAGAUCUGCUAGUCACCACCCAGCGGGAAGACACCACGGACGACUCAGUGAAAUUGUGCGCCUCUCUGGCUCUGUUGGCUCUCAGCCUGGUAUUGAGCAGCAGUUAGAACGGUCCCCAGUUAUGCUUUUGCAGAUCCUUCGCCGCCCUUUAAUCAUCUUUAUUUUGUGUAUGUGUAUGUAACCUAAUCUACCUUUAAAAUAAUAGUCAAAUGAUUGUACUGAAUACACUGUCUCAUUCAGACUGAUGUACUUAAAGGACGUCAAACUGAGACCAACACCUUGCAAAUGUUGCUUCUUAAAGUUGCCAAAUAUUGACAACAGCUCUUAAUUUUUGUGAUUCUUACUCUAAGUUGACUAAUCAUGUUGAUUAUGAAAGCUAGCCUCCACUAUGUGCAUACCCGGUUACUUAUUUUUAUGGACAGAAUUUGUUGGUGCAACCCAGGUGUUGAGAGUGUCCUGUUUGUUGAUUAUGAACGGUUGCCUACGCCAAGGCACACCCGUUUUUGUUUUUUUUAAUUUUUUUUAUGGAGUGUAGUGUAGCCAAGGUGUCCGGUGUCCAGUUUGUGGGUGUUAGGAGUUCAUCCCGGCUUAAUGUGGGGAUAUGGUCCUAAAUGCCUCAUCAAGCUUCACCUGGAUCAAAUGGCAUUGUUGAUAUUUGACCUAAUAUCACCUGCUCAUUGGCCUUGUGGUUAGAGUGUCUGCCCUGAGAUCGGUAGGUCGUGAGUUCAAACCCCGGCCGUGUCAUACCAAAGACUAUAAAAAUGGGACCCAUUACCUCCCUGUGUAUUGAGUAGCACUCAGCAUCAAGGGUUGGAAUUGGGGGUUAAAUCACCAAAAUGAUUGCCGGGCGCGGCCACCGCUGCUGCUCACUGCUCCCCUCACCUCCCAGGGGGUGAACAAGGGGAUGGGUCAAAUGCAGAGGUUAAUUUCACCACUCCUACUGUGUGUGAGAGACAAUCAUUUGUACUUUAAUUUUUGAAUUUUAUUUAACUGCAGACAUGCAGGCCUACACAGGAGGAGGACAGAGUGUAGGUACACAGAACAUCAGAGGGUCAAAUGUGACUUUUUUCCUGUAUAUGUAUGUGUAUGUAUAUAUGUAUGUAUGUGUGUGAACUUAAAAUUCAUAUAUAAAGGGAAAAAAAAAAAACUUUAAUGAAGUCGUUCCAAAUGAGCAACAUGAAUGAAAUUAAGACUGUUUGACUCUGUCUAUACAUAUUAUCAAUAAAGUCUGCUCACCUUCUGUGUGAUUGCCCCAAAA